AGCAGACAUAAAAUAUCAAAAAGUUGAAUCUUACAAAGCUCUUUUGCGAUCCCACCUUGCGUACAAACAAAGCCUCAUCGGUAGAGACAUCGAGAGCAGAGAGAGAGAGAGAGAGAGAGAUAUUACAGAGAAAGAUGAGAGAGACCUCGGCGAGUGGUCUUUCAUGGCGGCGCGUUGUAUUCUUCUCUUCGAUUGCUCUGCACUUCGUAUUAGGUCUAUCUGGUGAUUCCAAGGAUGCAAGUAAAGGAGUUAAGGCAGAGUCUCACACUGCUUCCAGCAAAACAGGGACAAAAGUAAUCCUCGUACUGGUUGGAUUAGUGGCUGUAGCUAUGUUCUCCUUCUUCCUAUACAAGCUAUGGCAGAAGAAGAAAAGAGACGAGCAGUAUGCUCGACUGUUGAAGCUCUUCGAGGAAGAUGAUGAACUGGAGGUUGAAUUAGGCCUUCGAGAUUAAAAAAACAAAAACAUACUAUUUGUCAACACAAUGCCUUUGGUAUAUUUGUUUGUGUUACAUGUAAGAUAAAUAGAUUCAUUCAACUCCAAAGACUCGAAAUGAAAUUAUUGUUUGAAGUA